AAUUAAAAAAAGAAAAAAGAGGAUGCCCCACCCGGUAAUAAUGAGUCCUUAAAUACCAUAAGUAUCGGACUCAAAUUAAUGGUGGUUAAUGUGUUACCUUGUAUGAACUUUGCAAGAGGCUCCUGAGGCCGUUUUGAGAUAUUCAUAUGGGAAAAAGGACGAAUCUUUCGAUCAAGUGCGUGCUUUUUUGUGGGAUUUUGGAGUCUAUUAAGAGAUUUUAAUUGUGAUUUUUUUUUUUGUUUUGUGUGGUUUUGAGGAUCAAAUCUGUGGUUUUUCCAGUCAGUAUUGGUACGCUUUUCUCUAUGUUGCCGGAAAGUCUAUUAUCAAUUUUCUAAGUAUAAACUUUAUGCGCGUCUUUGUGUUUGUGUUUAUGUUUGAAUGAAUGCAUAUGCAAAGUAUAUUGAACUAUGAUCGGAUUUGGGGGGACUUGAGGAUUAAUGGGUGGAAGAGGGUGAUGGGAUUUUUGCAUUGAUGGGUUAUUAGUACUGAUUUAGAAUUUGUCUGCGGUUCUUCUUGGGUUGUGUUUUGAGCUUCUCUCAUGCAGCAAGGUGGAGUCUAUUUAGAGAUUUUAAUCGUGAAAAAUGGUUUGUUUUGUGUAGUUUUGAGGAUCAAAACCGUGGUGUUUCCUGGCAGUGUUGGUCAUUCGAAUUUGAGGAUGGCAGAGACUGAAGUUAAAGCUAUGAAAGAGACACUGUGUGCUCAGCAACAGCUCCUGCAGAAUCUUUCUGCAGAGUUGGAUGUGGAAAGGGAGGCUUCUGGUACUGCAGUUAGCGAAGCAUUGUCGAUGAUACUUCGUUUGCAAGAAGAGAAGUCGGCGAUUGUGAUGGAAGCAAGUCAGUAUAAGAGAAUGGCAGAGGAAAAGAUUAGUCAUGCGGAGGAGACUUUAGAGUCUUAUGAAGAUAUUCUGUAUCAGAAAGAGAUGGAGAUUUCUGCUCUUGAGUUCCAAAUUCAGGCUUAUAAGUGCAGGCUUUUGAGCUUGGGUUGUACUGAGUUGGGUGUCAGUAUACCUACCGAGGAUCUAUAUAUGCAAAGAAGUGAUGUAUCUGUUGGAGAAGGUUGUUCUAACAGUGGUGUGAGGAGACUCAGAUCUUUGCCUCCUCUUCAACUUGAUGAUAUCUAUCAAAGCAUUGUAAGGGGAAAAUCAUUGACCCCAGAACCAGAAAUGGUUCCACUAGAUGAAAAAACAUGUCAGGAUUUUACAGAGAAUGGCCUGCAGUUAAGGAAGCAUCCGAGUAGGUCAAUAGGUGGAGACUUGAAUUCAUAUUGGGAACAAAUAAAAAAAUUAGAUGAAAAAGUGAAGGAAUUUGCAGAUCCUAAAGAUACAGAUGGAGAUAAGUCUGCAAGCUUAAAGCCUGAGUCCAGACCAGUUACUUUGCUAUCACAAUUGAGCAGUGACAUAUCCUCUGACUUAAGAAGAUGCAAAAUCAACACUAACUUGGACAUGGUUAAGGAAUGUAAAGCUCCAAUGGAUAGAGAAGAACCUUUAACCUCUUCUAGCUCAUCAAGUGUUUGUGACGUAUUUGAAGUCCCAAAAGUUAUUGAGAGUUCCAAAAGUAGCGAAAAAGAUGAGAAGGGAAAGAAUAAGUGGAUUUGGGAUGGAGAGAACAGACUUGGGAAGCCUGAUCCUGUUGUGGAUGUAACUUUGGAUUCUGAAGUUAAGGACAAGGCAGUUUUGCAUGGAACAAAGCUGGAGAAGAAACUGUUAAGAUCCAAGGAGAUAAUAGGUGUUGAUUCCAAGCGACCUCUUGCUCGCCAUAAAAUGAGUCAUGCUGAAAUUCAUGCUGACUUUCAUCAUGAGUUUCAGCAGCUUGGUGAAAGAAUUGAGCGGCUCGAGGGAGAGAGACAUAGUGCAAGGCAUAGUGAAAGAGAAGAGGAAUUGAAUCUGUUGAAGGAGAUUCGUGAGCAACUCAAUUCAGUUCAGGCGGAGAUGCGAAGUUGGAGGACUAAGGAAUCCCAUCCAGUUCAUAAGCCAUCCCUUCUUCCAAUACAAGAGGCAAUGCUACGCUGUGGAAUUUAAUCAAGCAACUGAAUCAGUUCUUCCUCGAGCAAUAUCCUUGGACAUUCGUCUUUUUCAUUAAAUUAUGUGAAAAUAUAUAUUAGAUAUAUGACUUGAUUUGAAAUUUGUUAUUCAUCUUUGUUGUUUGUAAUGUAGACAGUGUAUAUAAGGGUGAAGUCGAUCCAAAUGAAUCCAAAUAAAAGUUGGUUCGAGUUUAAGUCA